ACUGGCAACCUAGCUAGCAAGUCCUAAUGAGUUUUUGUCAUUGUCGUUAGUUUGUUUGGAUCAUGCAUAGAAAAGAAAGAGACUUUUUGUGUGGUGCUAUGUAGUUGUGGUUAAGUAGAAUUGAGAUUCACAAAUAUUAAUGUGGGAUUAUUAGAAUGAGAGGGUAGUUAAAGUACUUAGUCUGCUAUGCUUAUACAUUUAGCAGUGCAUACCAGUCUUCACAAAUAUGCGUGAGUUGAAAUGUUAUUGAAAAACAAUGUUGAAUGUAUUAUGCAUGAUCCAUUGUCCUUUCAUUAGCAACCACUUUUAGCAUGAAUAUUGCUCAAGUUUUCUCGGUACCUUUGGAAAAGUCCUUUCAAUUGAAACGAAUAAUAUCGUAACCUGCAACGUUUUGUAUACGGCUAUAUCCAAGUUUGGUACAUGAAUUGUGAGUUUGUAAAGAUCUUGUAUUAGAAACUAUUUGGAAUACAAUCGUAAUACUUGCUGAGUUUAUUAAUGUAUUCGAUUUGGUAUGGUGGUAGCUUUAUUAGUCGUAGUGUGAAACAGUCAAUACGUUCCUUGUACAAGUUUAGUGCACUAUAUCUGGAAUUCAAACAAAAUAAUAAUGAUAAAGUAUCGCAGAUAUGCAUGUAAAUAAAUGCCGGUAUGUAAAUUUGAAUUAUCGGAAUGUUGGCGCCCGUAGUGACAAUGUUGUAAAUAUAUCCAACAAAGACAUAAUAUUAUCAUUGCGGUUCUAGGGUUAAGUUACGAUUAUUUAUUUUUCAUUCAAUAACCAGACAGAAAAUCAUGAUAAUGUGAAGUACUAGCGAACUCACAUCAGCCGUUUCAAAUCAUCUUCGAUUUUUGCGAGUAACUUGCGCGCGCAUCACGCAUUCCGAUUGGCGGUGUAAGAAGUCACGUGUCGGGGUUAUACAGCAUAGCAGAUAGGCGGUUAAAUUAAUCACAUUCCCAUGCUUGUCAUUUCUGAAAUCAUAGAGACGGAAUUAGAACGAAACCUUUUGACAUGUUUUCUAAAAAGGCCGGCGUGAGAUGCGAGCGCUACAGUUGCGAUUUUAGGAUAAUUUCUUCUUUUUAACCUUCACAUAUAAGCGAGCCAUCAGCUAUAUUUACAAGUUAUGCUUUACAAAUUGGGUAUUUUUUGAAAAAUCAAAUACCAAAUUGAGUUGACAGUGUAGUGCUUAAAAAUUGGGAUCUAUAAUUAAAAAAAAAAGUGUUUUUAAAUUACAGCAAGUGAAGUUAGUCCAGUACCUGUUAAUUCAAGCUUUGAAAAAAAAAAAUCUUAUUUUUGGGGGAAAAAAGGCCACAACACAUCAACCUGCAAACAUGGGCAGAGACGAGAUUGCUUUGAUGACUAUUGUUGCAAGGAACUGGAAUGUAUUUAUAAGGGUGGCUUCUUGUAUAAUGGUUUUGUAGACUUAGCAUUUGCGAUGCUUCCCAGAGAAAGAGAACCGAUGAAGUGAAGGCAAAUGGCCAUGAUGGCCAUGAAGCAUGGCCUCCAUACCCUGUCCACCAGUCAGGGGAUGGCAUGCACUUGGUAGAUGCAGCACCAUGCACUGCUUCGCCUUGAUGGUCAUAGUGGUGCGGCUGAUGACUCUCGCAACCACUAACGACAUAGUGGCUCAGUUUCCGGUGAAUGGCUCCCAGCAGAUGAGAAUGAAUCAUCUAGCUGUGGACCGUGCGACAGGGAAGAUGUAUGUGGGUGCGGUGAACCAUGUGCUGCAAUUGGACUCUAACCUUCAUGUCGAGGAAUUAGUGUCCACCGGUCCUCGCAAGGACAGUCCACAGUGUCAUGCCAGUGGUUGCAACUCUCCGGACAUCCACACAUCGCUUGUUGACAACGUGAACAAAGUGCUGGUGCUGAACUCUGAGUCGCGGGUGCUUAUAGCAUGUGGCUCGGUAUCUCAAGGUGCAUGCUACAAGUAUGAGCUCGGGAACAUUUCGUUACAGGCUGAGUUUGUGCCCGUCAGCAUUGCCGCCAAUGAUGAGCAUGCAUCCACAUAUGCAUUCAUUGGCCCUGAACAUUACAAUCCAUGGGGGCGCUCAAAUGUUCUGUAUGUAGGCACAACUUUCACGAACAAGGGGGAAUACAGGCAUGGUGUGCCUGCAAUCUCCAGCAGAAAGCUUAACAACCUUGAUUAUGCUGAAUACACUUUUUCCAAGCAGUCACUUCUGUGGAUAGAUGUCAAAUACCGUGACCACUUCCUCGUCAACUACGUUUAUGGCUUCAAUGCCACAGAGUAUGCCUACUUUGUGAUAGUGCAAAAACAGUCCCCGCUUCCUGGUCAGGAGGAGCUCGGAUUUGUUUCUCGGCUUGCGCGUACGUGCAUAAACGAUGCCAACUAUGACAGCUAUACUGAAGUGACGCUGCAGUGUUACGUCCACAAUUCCAACUAUAAUCUUGUGCAGGAUGCUAAAGUGGGUGAAGCUGGUCCUGAGCUAGCGAACAGUCUCGGCAUUGCAGCGGGUGAACCUGUGUUGGUGGCAGCAUUUGCCCCAAGCCACGGUAUUAGCUCGCGGCCACAACCACAUUCUGCAGUUUGCUUGUAUAGCUUGCAGCAAAUAAACACAAAAUUUGAUGAAAACAUUCACAUGUGUUUCAAUGGCAGUAUAAAGUAUCGUAACAUGGACUACAUCUCGGGACUCAUUCUUGAUGGGAAAUGCCCAGUAGCAGGGACAACUGGCAACAUACUGAAUUUUUGUGAAGUGGGCCUGAAAAUAUCAGGAGUAAGUCCAAUCAGCAACCAAGCUGUCAUUCAUUUUCGUAACACUUCUGUGUCCUCAGUGUGUGUGGCUACCAUAGAGCGGCAUACUGUAGCGGUGCUUGGUACUCGCCAGGGCAACAUCAAGAAGGUGCUGAUGUCUAGUGCAAGUAAAGCUGAACAGUAUGGAGAAAUGAUUGUUGAUGCUGGUAGUACUAUUCUUCCAGACACAACAGUUGCACCAGGGGCUCAUUUCCUGUAUGUCCUGUCUACAUCUAAGGUUUUGAAAGUGAAACUGUGGCAUUGCAACAGUUUUCUUAACUGUUCAACUUGCCUGGAGGCAAAGGAUCCAUAUUGUGGGUGGUGUUCAUUAGAAAAGAGGUGCACUGUGCGGAGUGAAUGUCAGAAGGCAAGCGACAGUUUGCCAAGGUGGCUCUCUUUGGGCUCUGGUCAACAGUGUAUAGACUUUGAGCAAGUGUUGCCAGAUCGUAUCCCAAUAAACCAAAUGACUGUCGUUCACUUAUCAAUUCGUACUCUGCCAGAACUACCAUCAGGUGCUAAAUAUAAGUGUGUUUUUGGAACAGCUGAACCGAUUGAUGCAACUGUCACUGAAUUUGGAUUGACAUGUCCAACUCCGGGGAUAUCUGGUCGGCCACCAAUUCCAGAAUGCCACGACCACGUGCUUGUUCCUUUAUCAGUUCGUUCUUCAGAAACAAACAAAGAUUUUGUCAGCAGAAACUUUGCGUACUAUGACUGCAGUCGUCAUGCGACAUGUGCAGAAUGUGUUAAAUCACAAUGGGCUUGUAACUGGUGUGUGUAUGAAAACAAGUGCUCACACAAUACUUCAUCUUGCCAAAGACUUGUUAUCAGUGGUGAAAAUAAUCCAGCCCAUUUAGUAACACAUGGUGUGAACUUCUGUCCAAGGUUUUACCAUUCAAAAGGAUCCAUUUUACUUCCUAACAAUUUCCCAAAAGAGAUUGUGCUAGAAGUUCAGAAUCUCCCACAUCCACAAGCUGGGCAUACAGGCUUCCAAUGUAUUAUUGAUAUAGAAGGAGCAAAAAUGAAAGUUCCUGCUCGUGUUGAAUUGAAUCAACGUGUAAUAUGUGAUAAGACAAUGUAUUCGUAUGAAGCAAACAGCAAAGAGUACGAAGCAGAAGUGACUGUAGUUUGGAAUCGUGACCACCAUGUUGACACCACGAGCAUAAUACUCUACAAAUGUGAUAUUCUGGGGUCACACAGAGAACAUCCUGAUUGCUCGUUGUGUGUGACUCGAAAUGCUAAGUAUCAGUGCACAUGGUGCAGUGGUACUUGCAGUUACAACGAGAGCUGUCUUCACAUGCCAGUUAACGAGUGCCCCAAACCUCGCAUUGAUAUGAUAAAACCUUUGAGUGGGCCAAUAGAGGGUGGAACACUGGUUACAAUUGAAGGCAGUAAUUUGGGCCUAAAGCAAGAUGAUGUUAAAGGCAGAAUUCGAAUAGGGGACACCCCAUGUGAGCUAAUCGAAUAUGAGAUAUCUGUGCGGAUAAGCUGCAGAACUGGUCCGUCUCAUGGUGAAAGAGAUGCCUUUGUGACAGUUGGAAAUGAAGCUGGAUACACUGAGUCAUCUGUGCAUUUCAGUUAUAGGGAUGUCCAGCUGCUUGGAGUUUUUCCACAGGUUGGGCCCCAGAGCGGUGGCACCCAACUUGCAAUUAGUGGACAGUACCUAAACAUUGGCAGCAGGAUGACAGCUUACCUGGAUGAUCUGCCCUGCCACAUCAAUGCAACCCAGGCAUCGAGUAGUCGUGUGACCUGCAUCACAUCUCAAGCCAAUGAACCUCAUUUCAUACAGAAGCUAAUUCUUAAUAUUGAUGGUGCAAACAGGACAUUGGAUGGCAAUCCGUUCAACUACACGUUAGACCCUACCAUCAUGGAAAUAAAGCCGUUGAAAAGUUUUGUAUCCGGUGGCAGAAUGAUCACAGUUCAUGGAACAAAUCUGGACACAAUACUUAAACCACAAAUGUUGGUUUACUAUAAUGAUGAACAAUAUCCAGUUAACAAAACAGAUUGCACAAUCAUAAACAGUGCCCAAAUGGAGUGUCCUUCUCCGCCUGUUAACGAGAAGUUUCAUCAGUGGUUUCGUGUUCGCCGUUCAGAGAAAAAGAAUUCACUUGAUUUAAAGAAGUUUCAGGAGUCUCAUUUAGCUCUUCAAAUUAGUUUUGUUAUGGACAAUGUUAAAUCAGUUAGAGAUCUAGCAAAGCAUUUUCAGAAUCUGCGAUCACAACUUCUGUAUGUUGGAGAUCCCGUCUUUUAUGAGUUCAGCAAUAAAGUUAAACUCUACAAAGGGGAUACGUUAGUGAUUGAAGGCGAGAACUUGAACUUGGCAAGUGAUGAAUCUGAUGUGAAUGUAACCAUUGGAGCGCAACCAUGCAACGUGACAUCUCUAGCAUUGACACAGCUGGUGUGCAUACCCCCGGAAACUCAGCCCGUGGGAACCAAGGAUGUUGGGGUUGGUGCAGAAAUGGCAUUGCCAAUAGUGGUGGUCCAUGUCGGCAGAUCAUUGAGGUUUCCCAUAGGGUAUCUUCGCUACGAAGUCAUGAAGCCGAGCGUAUUUCCACCUGAGGCAAUAGCAGGUAUCACUGCGGGAACUGUAUUUCUGGUGCUGCUACUUCUGGUUAUUCUUGUCGUGUACCGCCGGAAGUCCACGCAAGCAGAGCGGGAGUACAAGCGCAUACAGAUUCAGAUGGAUACUUUGGAGAGCAAUGUCCGUUCAGAAUGUAAACAAGCUUUUGCAGAACUCCAGACUGACAUGACUGACCUAACAGCUGACUUAGAGUCAUCGGGGAUUCCAACUCUUGACCAUCGGAACUAUAUAAUGAAAGUCUUCUUUCCUGGUGUAACAGACCAUCCAAUUUUAAAUGAUCCAAAAAUAAGAAUUAAUGGACCACGCACAAACUAUGAUGCAGCCAUGCUUCAAUUUGAGCAGUUAAUUUACAACAAAUAUUUUCUCUUAAUUUUUAUAGAAAUUCUGGAAAUGCAAAAGACCUUCAACAUUAGAGACAAGGUGAACGUGGCCUCUUUGUUAAUGGUGGUUCUAAUGGGCAAAAUGGAGUAUGCGACCGACAUUUUGCGAAGUCUCUUGCUGAGGCUCAUCGACAAAUCUGUGGGCACCAAACACCCACAGUUAAUGCUGCGCAGGACCGAGUCAGUCGUGGAGAAAAUGUUAACCAACUGGAUGGCCCUUUGCAUGUACAAUUACUUGAAGGACUACGCUGGUUCUCCGCUGUUUCUCCUAUUUAAGGCCAUCAAACACCAGGUGGAGAAAGGGCCUGUUGAUGCGAUUACACAUGAUGCACGAUAUUCACUUUCUGAAGAACGCUUGCUGCGGGAACAGAUUGAUCAUGGUGUUGUUGUACUUCAUGUGGUUCAGGAUGACCUUGAUGAAAAAAUUCAAUGCAAAGUGUUGGAUUGUGAUACAAUAAGUCAAGUAAAGUCCAAAAUUUUGGAUGCAUUGUACAAAAACACUCCAUUUUCUAUGAGGCCAUCUAUUCACGAUGUAGACUUAGAGUGGCGUCAUGGUAGAGGAGGCCAUUUAACAUUGCAAGAUGAAGAUUUAACAACCAAGUGUGUGUGUGGCUGGAAGAAGCUAAACACAUUAGCCCAUUAUGGUGUGAAGGAAUCUGCUGUGAUGUCGCUCAUUCCUCGGACGAAUGACACAUAUAAGCCAAAUUAUAAACAACCAUGUCACAGUUGCAGUGCAACAUACCUGUCAAAUUCUCUGUCACCAAUCAUCACCAUGAAUGGUGAUGUGGAAACGGGCUCUGCCUUGCGGACAUAUCACUUGGUGAGACCUGUAGAUGAUCCGCACUACCAAAGUAACCGGAUUGGGGAACGGACGCACAAAGCCAUACCAGAAAUUUUUCUAACUCGGCUGCUGUCCACUAAAGGAACUGUUCAGAAAUUUGUUGACGAUUUUUUCAAUACUAUUCUGACAGCAAACUCUGCGCUUCCACCAGCAAUCAAAUGGUUAUUUGAUCUCUUAGACAGUGCAGCAAGGAGACACAGUAUUGUUGAACCAGAAGUUGUACAUGCCUGGAAAUCAAACAGUCUUCCUUUGAGGUUUUGGGUAAAUUUUAUCAAGAACCCUGACUUCAUAUUUGACAUUAGCAAAUCUUCUACUGUUGAUUCGUGCCUGUCUGUGAUCGCUCAGACAUUUAUGGAUGCGUGUUCUACGAUUGAACACCGCCUUGGCAAGGAUUCUCCGUCAAAUAAAUUGUUGUUUGCCAAGGAUAUCCCACACUAUCGAAACAUGGUGUCGCAAUUCUAUUACAACGUCCAGGUUCUGCCACAAAUAUCCGACCAAGAAAUGUGUGCUGCAAUGCAGCAUCUGUUGACGUCUGCGCAAGUGGGAGAGUUUGACACUAUUUCAGCUCUCAAAGAACUCUACAUUUAUGUCACCAAGUACAGUGAACAGAUCCUAGAUGCCCUGGAUUGUGAUACCUACUGCAAGAAGAUGCACCUUGCUCACAAACUGGAGAAUGUGGCUUGUACUUUGGAAGGGGAAGAGACGUCAACGUGCUGACGUCGAGAGUCACCUGAUCACUUGCUGGCCAACCUGAAUCUGUACUGGGAGAAGCUUACACUGUGAUAUGCUUGUAGUGCUGUAGGGUUUCAGUGCACAAAGUGACUAAGUGCAUCUUGAACAAGGGUCAGGUGACAACUAGUACACCAUGCGUCAACACCAACACCAUUGUCGACAAGAACAAAAUGGUUGGUUGGUUGCAUAACCAAUGUGCCACAUUUACAUUAAUUCACAAAGCACAAUAGUUUCCUAAAUUUGAGUGCCUCAGUUAUGAUACUAAAGAAACUAAGUGUCAUAAAAUACUCUUGGAACAAAUUAUUAAAGUUUCAGUAGGGUUUACAGAGCUGUUAUUUUAAAUCCCAAUUUUUAUAUGUACGUCUUGAUAUGCUGCGGAAUAGUUUUUAACUUUAUAAGCAAUUGUGAAAAUUUUAUUAUUUGUGUAUUUUUAUUUUAUACUUUGAAAUACUUGGGCAACAGUAAACAAAAGUUGGAGACUGGUAUUUUAGUGGACAUCUUGUAAGCUUUGUGUGUGUUUGCAUGUGUGUAUGAUGUAUGCAUUGCACGAUUACAAAAUACUGUUUUAAUUUUAGAUAAUCUUAAUUUUUCUUGCAUAUUAUUGACCUUUCAUAUUAGUAGAUGUGAUUGCUUACAAGUUGGUUUAUAAUUGAAUUUCAUGUCGGAAAUGUUAUGAUUACUCUAAAAAGUUGUACUAGAAUCUUUUUGAAUAGACUCUGUUUAAUAGCUUGUUCAAUCCAAAAUAAUAGUGGUAAUGAAGUAUAUGAAAGCAAUAUAAAGACAAUUUAAAGAAAUGGUUUUCUAAAGUUUUCAGACUAUGUUGUAUCUGUUGCCUCAAUGUGGCAUUAUUGUAUAUAUGAAAAACUAAACAUAAAAUAUACUAACUUGCUUGCAAAGCAACAUGUGCAAGCCAUUUGACAGUGUUACCAAUGUUGCAGUUGUGCAAAUACUUUGUAGACAAAGCCACAUCACAGCUCUUAACUUAAAUAAUAAGCUAAUUUGCCCAGUUCCAUGUUGAUUAUUAAUACGAUGAGUAUUGAUUACCCAUCAAUGGAACUGAAUAAGUAUUUCGUUAUGGUCUGUUCAUUUUAAUCACACUAUUUACAUUGGUGUUUCUUAUAUUUUCUAAUUUUUUUAAGUUGAACAUAAACAUUGCUGUGAUGGCAUAAGAGCAGCGAACUGCAAACAUUGAUGUAGUGUUUGCAAAGUAUAUGUGAUAGAGUGCAAGCUCAGUACUUAGGCAUGACACCAAAAACUGAUGCAGUGCAUGUGUUUGUAGUAUGAACGACAACUGAAAUUUAACUAGACCUUGAUUGGUUUUGCAUAAAAUUCUUAUCUGUAUUUAAAAAAUUUUGAAGUGACUAUGAAAUAGAUUUAAGAACUACCAUAACAAAAUAAUUUUCUGUAAUUGUUUAUUUGAAAGAGUUUUAGCAGUUAUGCUUUUGGAACUGUCUUUAGUCAGACUUUGUAUGUUACAUCAUAUCAAAGUAUCAGUGUGUGUUUCAAUGAGUCAACUGCCCUAUCUCUUUCAUUUGACUGGAAUUUAUCUUUAUGUAACCAGUCAUAUUUUCUAUCUGAAUGCAUAAUAUAGUUUAAAUACUAAACAUGAUGGCAAACAAUACUGUACUUUAGUUUUAAAUGUGGAUUUUUGUUUUAUCUGUUGCGUGCAGUGGUAUAUAUGUGUUUUUAUCUCUAAAGUUCAGCUUCUUUGCUAUAAUUUGAGAAAUUUAAAAUGUGAAUCUCUUCAAGCCAUAUGGGAAGUAUUAUUGUAACCCAAACAAUAAAGGGUUCAUGCAUUGUAAGUGUUAGCUUUUUUUUGUUUAAAGUGAUAAUCCAAACUUUGCUGCUGUAAAUGAUGCAAUAAGUAUGUAUUUGAAUUACGUAAAAUAUUUCUAUUGUAAUUUUAGCAUUAUCUCUGUUUUGCUUGGAUACAUUUAAGUAGCUUUCUCUUAGCUAAACUUGAUUCAUUUUGCAUAGUUAUCUGACCUUAAUAUUGUCCAUGGAUUUUACUGUGAGCUCACACAUCCUUCUUGCAUUAGGUUUUCACACCACAUCACAUUCUUUUCUCUUUUGAAAUCCUUAUCAUUACUUGUGGAGUUGGUAAAGUUACUGACUGUCGUAACAUUAUUUCAUAGUGCAGAUACCAGUAGUAAAGUGUUCAUAGAAGCUAUGGAAGAGCUUUCCUUGAUGAACUGCACUACCAAACUAAAAUACUUUUUUCUAGAAAUUGUGAACACAUUAUAGAUAGUUACAAAAGGUGCUAACAGGAUGUUUUGUCUGAUAGGAUGGAUUAGUUUUUCGCUCUAGAAACAUCAAAAACUCACAUUUGAAUGGUGUCCCACUCAAUGCAGAAGUGGAGGAACUGAAAGAGGGAAUUUCUUGAGUCAAUCCAGCAUAAGUAACUUCAACAAUGUGUAUUAGUUUAAAACAAAAAGCUUAUAAACUAUAGGGCAUUUGAUUACAAUUUUACUAUUUUUUUUUGUUUGUGUUAGUGGGCCAAGUGUAGAUGUUUAAUAAUAUUUUUAUUUCUGAAAGUACAAUAAGAAAAAAAUUUGAGAAAAACUUAAUUUUUCUAUUUAUAUACAUCCUGAUACUAACAAUACUUGAAAUUGCUGGUUUUUAGGCACAAAAAGUAAAGUGUAUACUCGAGAAGCUUAGCUACACAUAAUUUUGUAAGUCAAUAAUUUCUGUUAGAAACGAUAUAGUUAUGACAUCAUCAAUAAAUUAUGUCUUGAUUUAAAAACCUUCGUUAAAAAACCUUUCACGGGUUCCAGGAAAAUCUAUAGCUUUAUUUUCAGUAUAGGAGGUGCAUUCCAAAAGUUAUAAGAGUGGUUUUCAAAAAUGCAUGUUUACUGCAUAAAAAUUACUGUAUUUACUCGCAGAAGGGUCACCCCUGUGUAUGGGAUGCACCCUUAAUUUUUGACAAAAAAUAUCUUAACAUUUUCACCUUACGGGUCACCCUCGAAUAAGGAUCGCGCCAUAUAACUGUCUCCAAUAGAAUACAAGCGAAGUCUUAUGGUCCAUGUCUAAGCUUUUUGCCGCUUAAGAAACACAGCACUGAUAUCCUUCAUCUUUCCCCUCUUCAACCUUUAUGGCCCUUCCUCUCCCCCAUUAUCCAUCUCCUUAGCACUAUUUAACAAAAAAUACAAAGGAAAAGAAUACUUAUUUUUAUAACUAUGUUUUCCUUCCUUCCCGUCUAUUAAAUUUUUUUUUACCCAUUCCCUUCCCCAAGAGAGAAAAGACUAGGCUAUUUCCUUGUCAAGUUUUUGUCAGUUUCUUCAAUAAAAACAAGCCCACCCUUUACAGCAGUUUUGUCAUGAAUGAAAUGUUGUAGUAGAAAUCAUAGGAAAUCUGACGCAAAAACAAUGUUUGGACACAUUGUGUAAAAAAAACCUGUUGAGAUAGAAACGUGAUGAUUGAGUGUGGUGCCAGUUCACAGACAUUUACAACAAUGAGAUAGAAAGGGAGAACCAUAAACACUGCUGCAUAGCCACAUGCACUCACACACACACACCUACACACCCCAUCUUUCUCACUAGAGCUGUUUUAUUUUUAUAUUCUCCCUCUUGCAGAGUGCCAGCCCAGCGGCUGACUGCCGUGUCACUUCCGUUAGCCUGGUAGCUGCCCGACAUGCGGCAGACAUAGCUUUACGGCACAGUUCAUGAUGCCUUACACGCACUUCUGAGCUAGUUUAAUUAAACAAUAUAUAUUAAAAACCAAAACAGGUAAGUUAUUUAAGCACAUAGUCAACAACAACAGUGCAGUGUUAAUUUUUUUUUACCCAAAAUAUAUAUGGGUAGCAGUAAAUUUUAUUAAACAAAAAGUCUAUAUAAAAUCUGUGACCUAUACGGAGUAAAUGCGGUACAAUUCCUUGUUACCUACUUGAAAGUAAGAUUGUUAAGAAGUUAAGAAGCUAUACAGUGGUUCCAGCGAUUUUUCCAAUAUUCAUAGCAAUAGGCAAAGUCAUUUUCUGUUAAGUCUGCGGAGAGCGCUUGUCAUAGAUUGAUAAAUGUUUUGGACUAUCCCAAAAUGAGUCCCCUUGAAAUGCAAUUUCAGCUUGGGAAAAAGAAUAAAACCACAGGGAGCCAGAUCUGGACUGCCUGGGGAAGUGUUGGUACAUUUUUCUAAGCUAAAGUUGGCAUACGGAUAGGUCAGUGUGAUGGGGUGUGAUGUCGUGAUGAAGCGGGCAUGAGCAAAUCACGUUGUGAAGGCACCACGGUCAACAAAUCAAAAACAUUCAAAAAGCUGUGACGAGCACUCUCCACAGACUUCAGAAAGCAAAUAUGCUUAACGCUAUGAAGAGUGGUAAAAUCGCUGGAACCGCUAUAUAGCAACUCAAGGAUCAUAAUUUGAAGGCAAUAUCAUUUAAUUGUAAUUUUUUAAAUUAAUAUGCCUUUUUAAAAAAUCACUCAUUAUUUGGAACGCACCUCAUAUGCUUCUCCACUGGAUAACACAGUUCACAACAUGUAAUCCCUUUGAUAGUUUACACUACCAUGCAAAAAUUUGUAAAUUCUUCCCAUUAUGAACAGAAGUUUAUUAAAGAGUUGUGCAAUAUGGCACAUUUGUAUGAAUAGUCUGAAGGCCAUUCACUAAAUAUCACUAUAAAAAAACAAUAGCUUGGUAUUAGGAAAUACCACAUAUCUUGUGCAUAAAUUACAGUCUAAGUCAUUUUUCGACCACACAUUUUCAAAGCUAUUCCGUAAGGCAUAAACAUCACCAUAAUACCCAAUUGCUGGCUAUCGGAAUUUUAAUUUUAACCUGAACAAAGUAGAUAGUCUGCUGUUUCAUUAUGCCAUACAUAAUUCAAGGCCACUCGAUAAACAUCACUACAAAAAUUUCUAUAAAGAUAACAGUUAAUAACUUGUGUGUGUGUGAUUUUUUUUUUCAUGCAUUUUUUGUUAAGCCAGUCUCUUAAAUCAUUAAAGGAAUUAUUAUUAUUAAAAAUAAAUAGUAAACUUUACUUGGCAAAUUUGUAUAUUCAGGUUGCUGAGUUAUUUUGGCCAUAUAUAAUAAAUAGUUAAAGCUUUGUGUUACAGUGAUAGUGUCAAGGUAUCAUUAAAAUAGCCAUAAUGUGCAUAUUUAUUUACCCAGUUUGCUUUAUUUUCAACUGUACGUAUCUUUUAUGACCAUUUGCCAAUGUUGUCAUAACAUUACCAAAGUAUUAUAAAUAAACUGUAUUUUGAAAAUUUAUGCAAUCCAUCUGCCUAUUUUUUUUGGUCAUGACUAAAUAUUGUUUAUAGCAAUUUGCUAACAUCACAAUGAUUAGCAAUAUUUAACAUUAUAGAGUAAACCUUCUUACAAAUACUGUAUUUAGCCAGUCUGCUCAGUUAGUUUGGUAUUGAAUCACUUACUAUCAUUAACUGUUGUGACCCGUGAUUGACAUUAUGUGGGUAUCUGUAAAUAAACCAUACUCUUGCAAUUUGUAUUUUUUUGUUCUUGCUGUUUCCAAUUUUUAAACUUUUAAGUAUUUUUUGCACUGCUCAUAUGUAGUUAAUGCCAAAAAUUCUCUCCAAAAUUUAUCAUUUCCUUACACAUAAUUUGACUAUUAUUUGUCCCAAAGCAUUAUCUGUAUAAGUGGGUACUGUAUAGUUAAGUUUUGUUUGUGCAAAUUAUUGAUAAAUAAAGGAAGGCUAAUGAUAGCUUUUGAUAUUUUGCUGUUCCUUCCAAUUUUCGGGGUAGAAGCCUGAUAUGACACUUUUCAAAAUGCAGCGGAUAAUAGGUAAGAUUUUGUCUGUCACCAUAAAACUAAACACAUGUGAUAUGCAGACAUUUUUACCACUAGUGAAUGUUAUAGUAAGUUAGGGGUUUCCCUAUGUCCUAGCAUUCUCUCUCUCUUUAUUUCUUCCUCUUCUUCACAAUUAAUUAGUCAUGUCUUUGGUUAGGUACGAAACAGAGGGAUGUUUGUAUCUUUACAGGUGUCGGGGUUAGCAUUUUUUAUGAUAAUUAACUUCUUCUGUAUGUUCCUUCAACUAUAUUGCAGAAAUAUACUUUAUUAGGUAGAUGAUACUGAUAAUAAUCUAGCUUGUGAAAAAGAAGAGAUUAAAACAAAACUAUCACACCAGUGCAAGUGCUGUAUCUACAUGAAUGUUCUCCACAAGUCAACUUUCUACAUGAAUGUUUAUAAAAAUGCGUAAAACAUGGUUGUAGUUGUCUCUUCUUCCCCCAUGCUUUGUUCUGAUAUGUGCUCAUGUUGAUGUUUGAGGGGAGUUUUCAAGCAUGAAUGCCUGUUCCAACAUUUCCUUCCAGUCACUUCACCACCUUUUACGUAUCUUAUCAGGGCCUGCUCUUCAGGAUACACAAAGAUAUUCCAUAUUUACCUGUGUCUCUAUUUAUUUAAUAUAAAACAGCAUUAACAAGCUUAACAAAUGUUAAAAACUAUUAAAAAUAAUCACUUGCCUAGACAGGUAGUUCGAGGUUAUAUUGUGACUGGAGUAUCAUGUUAGCACAAAAAUAUUAUUUGAGGUUAUGUAAUACCAGGUAAAGAUUACUAGAACUUAAUCUUGUCGUACAAGAACUUGAUUACAUAAUUGUAUGACUAAAAUACCCAAGACUGGGUUAAUUUAUGUUCCAAAUUGAAUGAGGGUUUUUUUUACAUUGAUUAUUAUAACAAUUUUUUACUAGAUUAAUACUGGAUACUCGAUAAUUGAUGGCAAACAACACACAUAUACUGGAACCCUAGCGCAAAUAAUGACCAAUUAAACUGACAAGAACUAGACUUGACCAAAGUGGUAACCAACUGACAGCCAUCUGCAAACAGAUUGACUGACUAAUACUUAACAAGUUUCUGACACAAGGCACAAAAAAAACAUUAAUACUUUGACUUUACAUAAUCCCUGCAUGUACAGGAAUGAAAGAAUGAAAAAAACUUUAAAUAGAAGCUUAAUCACAUCUCGUAAAACAUCAAAAGCAGCAAGAAUAAUACCUAGUCUUACAUCAUUACAAACAUCAAGACCAUGACUUGGGCAGCAAACCCAACAAAGCAUGAAUUGAUAACCUCGUGAUUAGGCACAUAAAAUGAAAAACAACACAACAGGUGAUAAGUCAAAACAGAAUUCAGUAAGGGGCAGCAGAAAAUUAUUUUAGAGAAUAUUACAGUCACCCACCAACAGUCAAUGGGAGGAGAGGAAGAAAGACGGGCAUACUAACACUGCAUGGCAAAGCCACACAGUAUAACUUCCUUCCCUGGAAGCUCUUCACUUCUUGCAAAUUUUUUUCUCUUAUAUUCAAAUACAGGUGAUAUAUUGACUGAAGUAAAGUUCUUAAAUAUGUAUGCAUGAUUUCAGAUAACAAUCCAAAAUUUUUCAACCAAAGUCCAUAGCUUUAAACACACAUUAUAGACAACCACAUCCUUCCAUGUGAGAUUAAAUGGACCUCCAAACAUUCCUUUGACAUUGACAAGAUGUCUUCAAGUCAGGGGAUCAGUGUGACAGGCAGAAUUUAGGCAACAGAAUGAGCUCGGACCUAUCCAGGAGACACCCUUCUGUACGAAGCAGGGAGACAAGGAGCUCUACUGUAUUCAGAGACACCCUUGACCAGAAGAUGAUGACAAAUAUGGCAGGGCUCAACUACAUCAGGGAGACACUUUGCCUACCAGGAAAGCCCCAGAAAACUUUGAAAAACAGGAGCUGGAAAGUAAAGCCAACCAUGCACAGCAUCAUUAAGAAACUCCACAUUCCCACAUCCAAGUAAUAUAGAAAUGGCAGACUAAACCUGCAAACCAGCAGGUCGCUCUUAGGUAAACACACACAGCUGAUGGAGGGGCAGAGAGCCAAAAGUAUACACUAGAAAAGUGCACUAGUUUUUGCAAGAUCAUUCUUGUCAGAAUUGAUAGUGAGUCAAACCUUUUAGAUACGAGAAAAUAAUAAUUGUUGCAGGAUUUGCAUAUAGGAAUGGAAUGUGGGAACGAGAAAAUGCUAGGCAGACAGACUAACUACCUACAUGGCACAGCAACUGUAAACAACGUGACUCGGUGCACUGUGUUGCUACUCCCAUGAAAAUUAAAUGUAAAAUGAGUAACUAAUGUACAUUAAAUUUAAUAAAGUAAUAGCUUUGAGGAAAAUUUAAAACUGAUUACUGUUCAUAAUUGCAUUGUGUAAUGUUUUAAAACACAAACUAAACUUUAUUGCUAUGUCAACACGUAAUAUAUUUUUAACUACUUAACUGGUUCUUUACUUUUGUUGUAGCAAGGUUAGUCAAUAAUGUGGUGCUUGUUAUUUCCCAGAAUAAUUGUGUUAAUUCAGGCGCCUACUGUUAAUUUCUUUCUAGUCACAAACUUUUGAGAAUUUUGUUGUAUGUUAGAAUGUGUUUCAGACUUUCCUGCUUUUAAUUUAUUGUGUGAGUUUCUCAUGUCAUAAACAUUUUGUUCAGUAACCUAAACAUUUUCUUUGCAUUGUAUUACGUAUCUCUUAGUACUUUUAGCAUUCACUGGGUAUUGUCUUAAGUUUUUUUGCCUAUUUUAUUAAUACUGAUCUCUGUAGAUUGUCUUAGAAUUUCUGGUCAUGGUUCAUUUUCUUCAGUCUUUUUCUCUUUUGGAAUGCCUGCAUGAUUUAUUUAGGAAAUUAAAAUUACCACAUUCACAGUUUAUUAAAAUGUGAGUUAAGUUUAUUUCCACAAAUAUUUUUAUCUAUAUAGUAUUUUUCUGGAAUCUUCUGUGUUUUUGUGUAUACCAUACAGAUUUACAUCAUUUUUUUUUUUUUUAUCAAUUUCAUCCUGAUAAAAGUUUCCCUGGAAAUAUUUUACAAACAAUUCACCAUCCUCUUUUCAAUGGAGAGCAUGCACCCUCUUUUUUUGUUAUCUCAUUUCGUUCUAGUAACUUUUAUAAUUAGUAAUCACAACUUAUUUUUAAAUUGAUAUGUAAGUAGCCUAUUUUUGACAGAAGAAAGCUUUCAAUUUAAAAUAUCCACUGAAACACCUCACUUUAACAGGGCAGCUUGCAGCAUACUACUCUCUAAUAGUCUUGUUAGGUUGCUGUAGCAAGAGUACAUAAAAAAUUAGUUAUCACUGCAUCGAAGCAAAACCCUUGGCGUUAAUGUAUUCAGGCUGUGUGUACAAUAAACUGUCAUUCUAAACCAUUUAAAGCUAUUGUUUACUUGACAUUAAUAUUAUAAAAUUAAGGAAUCUGUGUAUGCAAGGAUCAGGUAAUCAUUUUUCACUACAAUUGGGGUGUUAAUGUUGUAAAAAUGUAGUUUUUAUGUGAGAAUUUUUACACAAGUGGGCUUAAGCUUAAAAAGUGAAAAUAAAUGUCACCAAAAGUUGGUCUAGGCUUUGAAUGUAACUUGAUAAGACACUAACCAUAGGCCUAACUAGUUUGUUUUAGAAAAAGUUACAUUUUGGAUAGUACUCUAUGUAGGCCUAAAAUGUAGUUUAUAAAUUGUGACUGCUUGUAUAUUUUUUUUGCUCCUCUGCAUGCAUUAGCAAGUGUUAAGUGUUGCGUGAUGCCGUCCGAUACGAGCCUGGUUUUGGUUUUUAAUUACUACUUGAUACAUUAUUAAUGAAUUUUCAUUAACUUUCUUACACUUUUAGGUAAUAUUCUGGUAGUGUAAACAAGAAUCAACACAAAAAAAUAUUUUCGAUAAGUUUUGUGCAGUUUGACAAGAUAACACUAACUAAUAAAUAACAGAUUGAGCUAGAUUUCCUGUUAUAGACAUUUAACUUUUCAAAAUACUUCUUGCAAAACAUACAAAAUUUUCCAAGCAGUAGUUAUACUACAAUUUUUUAAUAAAAGUAUUUUGAAAUACGAAAAGCAUUCAUCACUAUAAGUUUGUGUAUACAUAUAUUUCUAUGUCUCCUGCAUGGAGCCAAGUAGCUUUGGACAUUGCGUUCAGAUAGUCAAGUCUUGCCAGGUGAUAUCGUGCAGAUCAUUUUUUAGGCCUGUUCAGACAUACCAAUUUUAAUUAACCCUUAGUUUAAGUACUUAUUGUUUCCAAUAAAAUAAAUGAUGUUGGCAUUUUAACAUUUAUAUUAUAUUAAAAUGGAAAAUGAUAAUAAAAAACCAUUUUGUAGGUUGAUCUCUACAAACUAGUGAAUCAUUUGGCAUCAUUGAUAAAAUUAAUUAUUUUAAUUUGCAUGUUUUUAGAGAUUCUUCAAUGAUAAUAAAUUGAAUAAUAAAAGAAAUAUAAAAUGUUUUGAUAAAAGCCUAAAGAGCUUUAACCCCAUAACAUAUCAAUAAAAUAUAAUAUAUGCAUACACAUACUAAUUAAUGUACCAUUUAGACUUGCCUCUAGUAGUGAUUACUGUACCACUAGUUUUUUUAUAUAUAUAUAUAUAUAUAUAUAUAUAUAUAUAUAUAUAUAUAUAUAUAUAUAUUUUAUGUUUUACACAUUGUUACUGUUCCAUUACACAAUGUAACAAUAACUGUACAAAAUAUGAUUUAUAAAUUGUUCUGUGUGUACUACAUUUAUAAAUUGUUAUGUGUGUACUACAUUUCAAAACAUUUUUGAACAUGUAGCCCCAUUUCUCACUACUACAUUUAUUGUUAGCAGUACACACACAUCAUCUCAUUACCUGAUUAUGCCUAUCAAUACAUGCUAUUUCUUUAUUGUGUUCUAUGGAAUAUUUUUGUUUCCUCUUAUUUGGUCUGUCUUUGUGAAACUUUUUAUGGACAGUGAGUAGUACAUGAAAGAAUGUUGAAUUUCACACAGUAACCAAUGUAAGUCAAAGGUUGUAUAGUUUUGUACCAGAAUGGGCUCGUUUACUGAAAGACGACCUAAUUUUUUAUUUUAUGAGGCUUUCAUCAUCAGCAUUGGUGAAAAAAUAGUGGAGAAUUUACUGUUCAUCUCAUAAAAAGUUGAUUGUACUUUAUCGUCUGAAAAAUGUCAAACUUUUGACAGUAAAAUAAAAUUGUUGAAUGGCAUUGUUUCGUCGGAAAGUGAAGUACUGACUCUAUCUCAGUUUUGCUAGUACAUUUGUAUUGGUGGUUUCUUGACCUGUUACGAUACACAUUGGUAAUUAUAAUUGAAGCUUAUCAACUGAAUAGUGGAACCAUUGUUCUCUCUGAUUUUCUUUGCAAUGCAAUAUUUCUGAUUUCAUAUACUUAUCUUGUAUCUUGAAAAACAUUUUAUAAUAGAUGUGCACACGCUCGAGUUUCCAGCGAAAAGAAAUUUCAGUUAACCAUUAUAACUUUUGGUCCAGUUCCACUGUUACACCUGGCACUGCUAGUAGCGCUCUGCAAAUCAAAACUCACUGAACAAUUGCCAUUAAUUUUGGAACUGUCGUCUCAUCACUUGAGCCACUAAAUAAAUCUGUCAGAUUGACUUCUUUCUUCCAGAACCUUUUGUUGUGCACUCAGAAAUUGUUAUUUCUUGCUGGUUUCAUGUCUGUGGGAUAAUGGAACAUUUUGUGCUAUCGGAAAGAAAUCAAAAGCUUCACUGAAAUGCCAAUGAUGCAGGCAUGGCUGCUAUUUGAAGCUAGCUGAGUGAACAGUAAUGUGUCAAACACAUCAUAACAUAGUCGUAGUAUUUAAAAAGGCUAACAAUAUAAACUAAUUUGAUGUGAUGUAUAUCAUGAAGUAGAUGUCAUUUCAUACCCUACAGAGUUGGACAAUUUCCUGAACUAACAUUGGUUGUGAAUCCUGAAUUUUUAUAUCAGUAGUUUUCAUUCUCAAUAACUGUAGAGCUAGAAUGCUUUUUAGAAGUGGACGGAUCGCGGAACUCAGGACAAGAGUCAGGAAAGAAACAAUUUCCAAACUUUGGAAAUAUAAUGUUUCUCCUCUGGAUAAUGCAUCAAGAAAACCAAUUUUUUUUUAAUUGUUAAAACCUCCGGCAAACUAAUUUUUAUAUUAUAAAAGCAUUAUAUGCUUACGUUUUUCACCCUCUACGUCACUUAACAAACCACAACUUUGCACGUGUUUUGAACAAAGCACAAAGAUAUCACAAAAAAAAAAAAAAACAAGCCCUUUCUGUGAAACUUAUAUUCAACACUUAUUCAUAAUGCUGCUAAAAAUAAACUCUUAACGAAAUAAAGUACUUGAAUAUAUAAAUGUAUUUAAAUAAUUAAUUUUGUACUUUUGGCAAACCUAAACAUCUUUACCUUAUCUUAAGAUUGUGUUUAAAAAUAAUUUUACAAGAGCAGCAAUUAACAAUGUUGCCAAAUUCUUGAUAUUCAAAACGAUACUCUCAGUUUUUAACAAAGAAACCGAAAGAUGCCAUCUUUGUUUCAAAUAUUUAGGCCAUAAUUUUCUGUUAGAUUUUCAGAAACAACAGCGGUGUAAAGUUUUCGCAGUUGGUCAUCAUGUAUUCUCAAAAGUUAACUAUGGAAAAUGAGAGUAUGCUCCUAAAGUGGAUGUGAUAAUUGUUGACAUUAAAUUUUAGGAAAUAAAAAUGUGUGGUUUCUAAAUUUGGUAUUCCAGACAGUAGUGGCAAAGGGGAUCCAGGUUGGACCAGCACCUAUAUGGAAAUUCUUGAAGAAAUUACCUGAUCACAGAAUGCAAUGUAUUUUUGCCUGUGAUUCUACAAGUGAAAACCAGCAACGGAGGUUGCCAGUGAACAUGUUUUCUCUAGUGCUGGCAAUAUUGUCAACAACAAAAGAGAAAAAUUAAGACGUGAACAUGUUCAAUAAGUAUUUCUUCACGAAAAUUUGAAUUUGAAUAGGACAUAUGAUGUUUGUUUUUAUUUCCAUUAUGGGUUGCAUAUUAUUUGUGAUGUGUCAAUAUUUUGUUGUGAGCUUAGUAUCAUUUGGACUUUUAAUGUAGAUGUUUUAUGAAAGACACAUAAAUAUGCACAUUUUGAUAAUAAAUAUUUUUUGUCGUGACGUCUAAUAAAUCGAACGCCGGCUGCACGCACAAAAAAGGAUGGCUUAUUGUCCCAUUACGCUUUGUCCCGUUACGCUCAUUGUACGCUUGCGCCGCAUCUCUCUCUCUUCCACUCGAUUGGAACAACCAUCGAUUUGACUUUUUUGAGGCACAUUAAACUUGAAACACUCCCAUUCGUUUCCUACUUUUCCUAUCAUCGUCCUAUCCUUAACAGAAUAACACAGAUUGGAAGAAGUUAAUUAGCAAACAUGUAUAAAAGUUAUAGUUAAAAUAAUCUCUUCGUUAAAGUAAUAAACAUAUUUGAAUUAAUGAGUGCAAAUAAAAGUAAAUUUAGUGAUGAAAUUGUAGAUUUCAUUUCACUCCUUUGUAUCCAUACAAAAUAGUGAUAAUUCAGUAAAAAUGAUGCAAUUUUAUUCAUAAAAGUAUGCAAUCAUUUCAUCAAUGUUUUGUUAUGACGUCAAGUUAAACUAUCGUCCGUAAACCUACUUUACAGACAACCAAUUUUUCCUGCAUACCAAGUUAAGUGACAUACGUAAUUUCAAUGCUUUUGCUCCCGAUUCCGAUCCUAGUCUUUCCUGACCGAAUCCUGUCCCGAAGUAAAAAUGCCAUUCCCUUCCACCUCUAAUGUUACAAAAUAAUGUACUUCUUUAUUUACAUGUUAGUCUUAUUACAUUUUUAAGGUCAACUAGUCCCUACUGUUUAAGAUUUUACCUUUUUUGUUCUAAUUUUUUUCUGCAGUUAUUUUUUUAUAUCGUAGAUCUGACUUGAGUCUUAAUAAUGUUUCUCCAAACAUCUUUUAUUUUGUGGGAAUUUGACCAUGGAACAUCUUUUGCUGAUUUGCCACGGCUGGGAAAAAUUUUUUUUUUUUUUUUAAGGGUAAUUGUCAACCUAUAAAAAUAUACUGUCUUAGAUAGUAUUUGUUAAUUUAACGAAAGUUUAUCAAGAACAUUCCACUGUAAUUUCAAGGUUCAUAGUAGCAGAACCAUUCGAUUUUGAAAGGUGAAGGAAUUUUUUUUUGGCAAACACUUAAUAAUUUGUGUGUUAAAUUCUUGCAUGUUGGAUUUGUAGUUGUGUGUUUAUGCUACCUUCCUUUCCUAUAUUCAGUGGUGGAUCAAGGGGGACGCCUACUACAGUGGGUGAAAUAAUUUGUGGAAAAACCAGGAAAAUAAUUGAUUUUUGAUCCUCUUGCCGAGUUUCUGGUUCUUCCACUGCCUAGUGUCACACGUAAUCUCGAAGUACUGAAAUUUGUUACAGCUAUAUGUUGACUCUGGCUGUACACUACCCAGUCAUUAAUAGCACAAGAGAUAAAUUCUUCCAGUUACUAAAGCAAAACUGUUUUUUAGCUGGUCAGUUCUUUAUCUGUUGUAGUAGUAGAAGACAAUGGUUUUGAUGGUAUUUUGCAAUAUAUAAGGUCAAAAUAUACUCUUUCAAUUUUUAGUGAAUUCCUUUAGUAGAUACUCUAAAAUAUCCUGUAUGCCUGGAAGUGAAAUUGUUUGCAGUUUAAUAAUAUUUCAUUUUUGUAUACAUAUUUUUUUUGGGAUUAAAAUUUGGCCCAAGUAGCUAAAUCAGUGCUGUAUAGGAUGGCAGACACAGUAAGUCCAGCUGCAGUGUCUUCACAGGCAACAGUGUUUUUCUGUGAACUGUAGUUAAGGAGUGAUCUUCAAUAACUAAUGCUGGUUGUUUUGUUUUUGUAAAACUCAAUUUAAUUCUUCAUGUUGGUUGUCCAUGGUUUUUUAAUUACCAAAAAAACUUAUCCUUUGGGGUUGUGAGAGCACAUAAUUUCACCAUCUGAUUGCUAUGUGCUAGUUUGUAUCUUCUAAUCUUGUAAUCAAUGCAAUCAGGUGCAGAAAUAUGAGCCUUAGAACGGAUAUAGUGUUCUAUAGUUUUUAGUUGUGUGCUCUGAACACGUAUUUCAGCAGCUAGGUACUGGCCCAAUGUGUAAAUUGUUGAUUUUGAGUGCUCUUAGAGCUAAAGUGUUUUGAAAUAUGAAUAAAGUAUCACAUUUUAUUAAACUUUAUACAAAUUUGAGCCACUAUUUACUUUUUUGGGGAUGGCUAAAUAAAACUGCAGGAAUCAACCUAAUUUUUCAACAAACUCUUUUAAUUAGUAUGUUUUAACAAUCUGUGUUUUAAUUUUGAAACAGUUUUUUUUAAUAUGUUAUCAUCCCAAAAUGCUCAACAAAUUCUACUAACUGUGCACUUUGAAGACUUAUAUUUUGUAAAUGGAGAGUAAAUGCAAUGUGUCUAUUAUAAAAAUUUUUCGUAUUUAGGUACUGAUCAUUACUGUACAUUUGUAGCAAUUGUUAAUAUUAUCAGUUUGUGUAUUUUUGUCAUAUGUAUUAUUUUUCAGUGUGUUCAAUUUGAUUGUGCUGGGACAGUGCAUAAAAUUUCAUUUAUUGUGUAAUUUAUUUUUUUAAAUAAUAAGCACUGCGUACUAUUGUAACCGUGUUUAACUUUUACAGACUCACACUUUAUGUAUUCAGAAGAAUGGAAGUGUUUCAGUUGCUACUCAAUAAAAAGCUCAGAGGCAACACUUUAAAACUGUGUUGUUUUUAUUUACAGUUAUUUUAGCAUCCCGGUGCAAACAUACACAAAUGCCAAUUUCUUUUGGCAAGUAAAUUUUUAUUUCAUAACCAAAGCUGUUGUCCUUAUAAUGCCAUAAAUACAGUAGAAGCCCGAUAUAAAACGUAUGUUAUAAAAUGGACAUGGAUAUACUGCAGGUAGAACAACUACAAGUGCAGGCCAGCCUCUUCUGGUGCCAUGUUACCAUGUCUGUUCACUGCCACUGGUGGAGCAACAUUGAUUCUAGUCUGCUCGUUUUUGUAUUUGAGUCAUUAUUGUUGAGCAAUUUUAAGUAAAAUAUUAUAGGUGAGUACAGAGUAAAAAAAAAUGUUUUUCACAUAAUUUAUUUGUUGAGUUGAAGUUAUGUAGGGUUUUAAAAGCAGUAACAAAAUACUUCUAGUUCAUGUAUCAUAGUAAUUAAUUUUUAAGAAAAAUUUUUAGAAGGUUCUGAGAGUGCAAUCUUCAGUGAUUUUCAAACCAUUAUUCACGUGUCGAGCAGGGUUCAGAUAGUAUCCAUUUAUUGGCUUCAUUGGCAGCUGAAAGCAAAGUUGUGUACAUGUGUUGCCGUGCUUCUAUAAGCCCACGGGUAACACUGUACCUCUUACAUUUAAGCUUAAAAAUAUUAUAAUUAUUAUUAUUUUUUCAGUAUUGGUUUAUUCCCCAAUUAACCAUGGAUGAACCAAACCGUGGGGGUUAGUUAUGUCCCCCAAAAAACCGUGUUUUACUGGGCAUCUACUGUAUUUCAAAAUGUUCAUCAAAUUCAUUAAUUAUUUACUAUGCUGUUCUUUAUUUCUUAAAAUUCUACUACGUGGCUUUUGAAACUCUGUAAUCUGUGAAUUUAUACUUCCCUGCAAAUUAUUUUGAAUUUAUUUUUUAAAUGGUUUAGUUCAAACAGGUGAAUUGUUUUUAUUAUCUACACGUAAUAUCCACUUGUAUUUGAUGCUGCUUCACUUAAUUUAAAAGGUAAAAAUAAGUUUUGUUCCUGUUGCAUCUUGUGCUAUAAAUACUGUGAAAAUUUUGUGACUGCAUGUUUGUUUUGCGGCUUGCAAUUACCAUUGUUAAUUUCCUAUUAUGUUUGUUGGCUUGGUUACCUGGACAUGAAAAGUACAUGCAACUUUGAGUGAAAUUAUUUUCCGACAACAAAAAGAUCAUCGUCUGAAGGAACUUGCAGACCAUAACACAGGUGGUGAUUAGCAUUUGUCAUCCGGAGCAUUUGGGACCAAUACUGUAAUUUUCUCACAGCUUUCUGUAAAAUUUAAUCAAUUUUGUUUGUGGUUGUAGUUUUUUUACAUCAACAUUCAAUAGUGUAACAGAUUAAUGUACAUAUUGACAUGUUUUACACUAUUGUAGUUCAUGUAAUGCUCUUGUGUAAAAUUGUUGAAUCUUUUUGUUGCUCCUUCUAUUUCUUUUUCUGUUAAUAAGAUUUAGUUAUUUUGCAGCUAUACAUAGUGUAAUUCUUUAGCAUUUAAAGGCUGCUACUGUGCUGUUUUUUUUUUUAAUAAAUGUUUAUGUAUGUUACAUUUUAAUAUAUUUCUUUUUCUAUGUCAUGUCCUUAAAAUAUGAAUUAUUAUGUUAAAAAUUUUUGUGGCAUUGUUAUUUGUUGCUACAUGAAAAAUAUUUCUCAAUGAAAUAUAUAAUCAUGAAUAUGUAACUUGUUGUUGAUAAUGUAGAGCCUAACACUAAUUGCUUCCAUAGUUUUAAUUUUUUGCAGCUCUUUGUAAAACUAGGAUUUUGCUAAAUACCAAAUGGUUUCAAAAUAUUUCAUACUUUGAAAAAUAAAAAAAUAAAUAUGUGUUUAUUUAUAUAGUGUCAGUUUUUAGUUAUGUUCAAAGAACACACUGUUCAGCCCCAGUUUAUCUUCUAAACUAAUGUGUCUUUAUGGCUCCUAAUGAAUUGUAAAUACCAAAUCGACAAUUUCUCUGGCAUGUCUGCUCUAUCAUUGCUGAGAUGUUAUAAUACAAGCCUCUCUCAGAAAAUUGAGACUGAAGGGUCACAUAUGGUCCAGUAUGUUAGAUAUUUGUGCAAAUUGUUCUUUAUCAAAGUCACUUCAGUCCCAUUAAGUUUCGUAUUUUUAAUAAUUAAUUUUAAUUGAAUCAUUUUUUAAACAUGUAUAAUACUAAUUUUUUUAACAUGUACAUUCAUGUUUUAUGCAUGUGUGCAAAGUAAUAAAGAAGAAACAAAUUUCA